UUCACACUUCUCAUUCUCUCUGCAAAACUCUCGAAGCCAUGGUUUCUCUUUCUUCUUCUUCUUCUGAUUCUUCGACAAAGAUGAAGAAAAACAAGCUCUCUGUCAGAAACCAAACAACCCGUUUCAAGAAACCCUUCUUGCUGGCGAGAGAGAAGACGAUGCUCAAGAAAGCUUUGGAGCUUACCGUUCUCUGCGAUAACAAAAUUUGUGUGCUACACUACAAUCACGACGGUAAUCUCGUCAGCACCUUGCCCGAAGAUCAGUCGCAAGUCACAGACAUUCUCGACAAGUAUAGAAACCUAAGCGACGGUGAGAAGCUAAAGAAAAGCACGAAUCUUUCACAGUUCUACAACAAGAAACUGGUGGACGAGAAGAAAAGAUCUCUUACCGACGCAGAGAAACGCAAAAGAUUCACCAAGAAAGUUGGAGAUUUCAAGGGUUCGCUGUUAGAUCAGUUUCGUAUAUUAGAAGAUAGGGUUCGUGACCUUCGUUGCUCCCACGAUCAUCAUCAUCAGAGCCCUUGUCUCGAUGUUGUGUCUGAUAAAAAUCACAACUUUCCGGAGGCGUAUUCUUAUGGCUUCUUCCCCGCCAAUGAGUUCCCUUCUUCACUAAUCGAGGAGGAGAAUCCAUUGAUGAUGAGUUUUGGUCCGCACGAUCUUGAUCAACAGCAAUCAUUCACGAAUCUUCUCAUGAGUGGUGAUCAUGUGUCAACAAUUACGGAUCAAUACCUCCCAAGCCCUGCUCCUUCCUCAACCCUAUGUUCCUCCAAUCUUCAUCAGGGCAAAUUCUCAGUCUUUCUGUUUAACCAUGAAACGGCCACGUUUACUCAACUUCCCAACUCUGCUUCUUGAGGCUUCGACCAAGGGUUGAUUGGCACUUAUUGAUACAUAUAUAUCCAAACUCACAUCUCUCAUCUGCUUCAUGAUUGAUUAUAGUCUAAUGUGUAUUCUUUGUUCUUUCCACUUCUUUGUAAAUUUUAUGACAAUAUA